AUGGCGGGAAGAAACGACGAUACGAUUGCUGCUGCAAUGGAGGUUAUGGCUCAAGCUUUGGAACAUCAGUCGAACGUUGGUGAGAAUGAUGGAUCUCGCAGUUUGGCUACCUUCCAGAGAGAGAAUCGGCCUAUCUUCAAGGGUACCUAUGAUCCUGAUGGUGCAAUGACUUGGUUGAAGGAGAUCGAGAGAAUCGUCCGUGUGAUGGAUUGCACUCCAGAUCAGAAGUGGUUAGAGACUCGUCAGAGGUUGGAAGUUGCUGGUGAGGAAGUGACUUGGGUUGUGUUCUGUCGGGAGUUCCUAAGGAAGUACUCUCUUGAGGAAGUUCGUGGCAAGAAGGAAAUCGAGUUCCUUGAGUUGAAACAAGGAAGCAUGUUUGUUACUGCUUAUGCUGCGAAGUCUGGCAAGCUGGCCAAGUUCUAUCAGCAUUAUGAUGGGCCAUACUGA